AUGGCCGCGCUGAAAGCUUCAUACCCGGGCUGCGGUGUCCUUGCCGACCUCAACGUUGGUGUUGGCGCCGCGUCCGGGUGGGAGUGGGAGCGACUGAUCCUAUCUGGCCACUCUCAGGGCGCCGUCCACGCCGCACGGCUGUCGCAGCGGCACCGGGUGGGCAGGGCCAUUUUCUUUAGCAGUCCCUGCGCAAUGUUUAACGACGAGCUUGCUUGGAUGAGCGGUCCCUUUGCCACUCCGGCCGACCGACUGUUUGGCCUCACGUCUGUCGCCGACAUGACGUGUCCAUGGGAUAGCAGAGGGUGGAACUUGCUUUUUGGCGUCAACCAGGUAGGGGUGAGGCGGCAGUGGGCCAGGAUUGGCAUCACCGACCUUCUCGAGGUGAAUGAGCGGACCCCGCUGGCCUCGUACUCGCCCGGAAAUAGCCACGGCAUCUACCUGGCGAUGAAGCGGGCGAUUGGCUGCUUGUACGUGGACGGCCACACCGAGACCGUUUACGACCUCUUGCCGCCGUGCUGGUACGACCGGAAGCGGACGUGGGGGCUGCUGUUCGGGUGGCGCACGACCGCCAACUCUCCGGCGCAGGCCGCGAAGAACCGAGUCGUCCGCGGGCCGAUGUACGGCCCGGUGGCCGCCCCCGCAAUGAGGCCAAGCGAAUAA